AUGGCUGACGUGAAGAAAGCAUGUACGGCGAAUUUGGCAACGGUUGGACUUGGUAGAACACCCAAGGAGGCACAAAACGGCAUAGAUUUCUACAAAAUGGCUGACGUGAAGAAAGCAUGUACGGCGAAUUUGGCAACGGUUGGACUUGGUAGAACACCCAAGGAGGCACAAAACGGCAUAGAUUUCUACAAGUACUUGUUCACUAACCACCAAGAUCUCCGCAAGUAUUUCAAAGGUGCGGAGAAUUUCUCUGCCGACGACGUUCAAAAGAGUGACAGAUUUGAGAAACUCGGAACUGGAUUGUUGCUGUCGGAGAUGGUGUUUCGCGCCUUCUGUCGCCACACAAUUGACAGACAUGUCGGCAGGGGCCUAGACCCCGUCUUGUGGAAAGCGUUCUGGGGCAUCUGGGUAGCAUUCCUGGAGAGCCGUGGAGCUAGCGUGGAUAAGGGAGCAUGGGAGAAGCUGGGGACAAUGUUCAACGAUGAGUGCCAGCAACAACUCGCAAAGCACGGACUUCCUCACACGUAA